AUGUCCAAAGCCACAGUGGGCGACGUCUACGCGAAAGUCAUCAAGGAUGUUGUAGAGAAUUCGCGAAUUGAUUUUGAAGAGGGUGGUGUUGAGGCAUCGGCGCUGGAGCUGUUGCAAUCGGAGUGGCAGAAGAAACUCUCUAGCUUAGGCGUUGUUGCAUUGCCUUGGGACCCGGCACCACCAAAGGAAGAAAAGGCCAACAACGUCAAACAAGAACCGUCACGGUCGAUGCCCAGCAAUGGCAACCUCUCCAACCAGCCUCCACCACAAACAACCCUCAACACUCUCCCACCCAUCAAGUCCGAACCGCCGACACAGUAUCCACCGCAAAUGCCACCUCAGAUGCCACAACAGCAGUACUCCAACAUGCCGAUACCUCCUAACCGGUCUAUGAGCGAAGCUCAGCAACGAGCAGCUCAACUUCUCCAGAAUCGAUUUGGUGAUCAGGCUAGUCAGCAAGUCGCCAGCCUCAACGGCACCCAAAUUCCCCCACAACAUCAAAACUCACCGUACAUCAAGGAGGAGCAAGGAUCAGUCCCGCGAUACAAUCAGCAACCCAACGCUCCCCUGAAAACCGACCAGACUGACGGUGCUGGCGAUACUCUAGACACAUGGCAAGCAGAGUAUGCGCGACGCAAGGCAAUGAUCGCUCAGAACAGAGAGCAUACCGACAGCUUCAUCCGUGAUCAUGUCAUGGCUUCUCAGCAGCAGCUUGAGGGCGGCGGUCUACUGCUCCCUUUAAACGAACAGCCUUCGGUCGAAUCCCAAACCAAGCGGAACCUGAAGAAGGUACGUGAUGGUGACUCUACUGCCGAUACCUCCCUCUCUCGCGCUCAGGGUGAUAUGGCCGCCGAUGAUGAGAACGACGAAGAUGCCAUCAACUCCGAUCUUGAUGACCCCAAUGAGGUUGAGCUGAAUCCCGAUGGCGAAGAAGAGGCCAGCAAGGUGAUGCUCUGUACCUACGAUAAAGUGCAGCGGGUCAAGAACAAGUGGAAGUGCACCCUGAAGGACGGCAUCCUCCGUCUUGAAGGGGCAGAAUAUGUCUUCCACAAGGGCCAGGGCGAAUUCGAGUGGUAG